UGAAACUUAUGGUGACGUCAUCGUUGCACCCUCCACAAGGCGCGUGCGUAUUCAAAUGAACCAGGAAACGCGACAGUUUUUAAAGACAGCUGUUAAAGGGAAUACAAAAACAUACGAGCUAUUAAUGUGAGACUUCCAGCAGAGCGCCUUGCCCCUGGCAUCAGCCAUGGCGUGUUGCCUUCGCUGUCCCAGGCUGUGCACCUGCUCACUGGCCUACACCCUGUGUCUGGGCCUGUGCUUUGUUGCUCUCGGGACCAGUCGCAUCCUGCUGCUCAAAUACUCAGCCAAUGCAGCAAACAAGUAUGACUUCCUCCCUGCAUCUGUCAACUUCCUGGCGGAGGCGAUCAAACUGCUCUUCUGUCUUGUCAUGUCACUAAGGGUCAUAGUCCGAGAGGGACGCUCAUGCAGAGAACUGGGUUUCUCUCCUGGUCCGCACUUCCUCAGUUUUCUCAAGUGGUCCGUUCCAGCUUUCCUAUACUUCCUCGACAACCUCAUCAUCUUCUACGUCAUGACCUACCUGCAACCUGCCAUGGCUGUGAUAUUCUCCAACUUUGUCAUCCUGACAACAGCCGUACUCUUCAGACUGGUGCUGAAGAGGCGCCUGUCCUGGGUCCAGUGGGCGGCGCUGCUCAUCCUGGUCCUGGCCAUCGUCUCGCUGACCACAGGCUCGGCCGAGAGCCAGCGCUCCCUCCCUGUGGCGGGGCUCCACGCCAUCCCCCUGUCUGCCCCCUCCAACUCCUGUGUGCUGUACACCCAGCUUCUGGAGCAGAUGAGGAACAGCAGUAGCGGCGAGUGGUGGCCGACCUCGCCGGCAGUACAGGCCUGGAGGGACAACCUGGUGGUCAGGCUGCAGUCGCUGGGCAUCGGCCACAUCCUCCUCCUCCUACAAUGCUUCAUCUCCUCCAUGGCCAACAUCUACAACGAGAAGAUCUUCAAGGAAGGGAAGCAGCUCACCGAGAGCAUCUUCAUCCAGAACAGUAAAGUUUAUGCGUUUGGUCUGGUCUUCAACGGCCUAACCCUGGGGCUUGGCAGAGAGGCACGGGGCCUCAGCCUGCAUUGUGGACUCCUCCAUGGCCAUAGCAUCUACUCUCUGGCUCUGGUUCUGGUCACUGCUGCCUUGGGUCUGUCGGUGGCCUUCAUCCUGAAGUUCAAAGACAACAUGUUCCACGUGCUGACGGGUCAGAUCACCACUGUGCUGGUCACGGGCCUCUCCAUUUUCCUGUUCGAGUUCCGGCCCUCGCUCCACUUCUUCCUGCAGGCGCCCGUGGUGUUGCUCGCCAUCUUCGUCUACAACGCCAGCCGGGCCAAAGACCACCAGUACAACCUCCUGCAGGAGAGCGCACGGGGCGUCGACGGGGAGAUCUUCGAGAGGUCCAGAGGGGACGGCGAGGAGCUGGAGAGGCUGACUAAGCCGAACACGGACAGUGAAUCAGAGGAGGAUUCACUCUAGCCCGACCCUUGCCCUCGAUAAAUCAACACAUUGGUCUUUGUAUCAUGUCUGAUACUUUGCCACACAGAUGUACUUUUCGUGCCAUUCCGUAUCUGUGUUUAUGCUUCAGUGAGAAGAGGCACAAUGUCUUAAAUGACCCUUUUGGGUGCUCUUUUGGGCAUGUGCCAUCAUUUGUCGCUGUUAUUGUGACUGCAAUAGUACUGUACAAAGCUGUUCAAAUGUGCCUGUUCAUAAGUGGUAUCUUGCUGAUACCUUAUGCUGUCACUGAUAAAAGUUAAAGAAGAAUCGUGCACUCUGAAACAAUUGACCCUUUUCACAGCACAUCAGUGGGAAACACGGGAAAGCCUUCUACCCGUGCCCUAGCACAUGAGGAGCAGACCUGACUUAGUGUCAUGGAGGACACCUGGGUUUUUCCUACCCUGGUGCCUCUGUGAAACGAGUCCAUUGGGUAUUACUUUGAUUCUUAUUGGAGGGAUGGGGCCAUGAUGUGAUGCUCUUGAUGUAACAUUUAACAUCAGACUUCUACAUUUAUUUUUUUAUUCUUAAUUGUAUGGCAGGGAUUGGGUUAAUCUUCUCCUGUGUGUAUGUGUGUGUGUGUGUGUGUGUGUGUGUGUGUGUGUGUGUGUGUGUGUGUGUGUGUGUGUGUGUGUGUGUGUGUGUAGAAAAAUAAGGGAUGAUGAUCUGUACCUCCUCACAUUCUAUCAUUGUUGUCUUUCUUUUUUGUCUGUAACUUAUCAAACCUUUGGCUGAAUUUCUGAAAAUAAAUUCAAAUGCUACUGACCAUA